CUUGCGUCAGUCGUUGGGUGGCUAUCGCGUAAUUAGGAGGUUGUCUCGCUACGGUUCCGCGGUGGUUAGUGCCAGUUUGUGUGUGACCUGAAAAUUUCCCCUGGCGGAAACUGAUUGGCAUUCCAUUGAUCUUAGAGAAUAACCCUUUCAAACGUCGUAGCGGAGCUUCAGCAGCAGCGCCACCAUGGGUUCGCUGUUUCGCAGCGAAGAGAUGACCCUGUGUCAGCUCUUCCUCCAGAGUGAGGCGGCGUACGCAUGCGUAUCCGAGCUGGGAGAGCUUGGUUUGGUGCAGUUCCGGGAUCUCAACCCGGACGUGAAUGCCUUCCAGCGGAAGUUCGUCAAUGAGGUGCGCCGCUGCGACGAGAUGGAGCGCAAGUUGCGCUACCUGGAGAAGGAAAUCAAGAAGGACGGUAUCCCGAUGCUGGAUACCGGCGAGAGCCCGGAAGCUCCCCAGCCCCGGGAGAUGAUCGACCUGGAGGCCACCUUCGAGAAGCUGGAGAACGAGCUACGGGAGGUGAACCAAAACGCGGAAGCGCUGAAGCGCAACUUCCUGGAACUAACCGAGCUGAAGCACAUCCUCCGUAAGACUCAGGUUUUCUUCGACGAGGCAGCGCUGCCAGGUACGGUCAGUGUAUCUAAUAAGUCACGAACCCGCUAUUCCCGCUAUCAGAUGGCGGAUUCGCACAGGGAAGAGGAACAGGUUAACCUACUCGGUGACGAGGGCAUACGCGCUGGUGGUGCCGGGGCCCAAGGGCAAAACCUUAAACUAGGUUUUGUAGCCGGUGUCAUUCUGCGCGAACGUUUGCCAGCCUUCGAACGGAUGUUGUGGCGUGCCUGCAGAGGCAAUGUCUUCUUGCGUCAGGCCAUUAUCGAAUCCCACCUGGAGGAUCCGGCUAAUGGUGACAAGGUGUACAAGUCGGUGUUCAUCAUCUUCUUCCAAGGUGACCAAUUGAAGACGCGGGUCAAGAAGAUCUGUGAAGGAUUCCGCGCUACGCUCUAUCCAUGUCCGGAGGCUCCCACCGAUCGGCGUGAGAUGGCCAUGGGCGUUAUGACCCGUAUUGAGGACCUGAACACCGUUCUCGGUCAAACGCAGGAUCAUCGUCAUCGGGUGCUGGUAGCAGCUGCAAAGAACUUGAAGAAUUGGUUCGUCAAGGUGCGCAAGAUAAAGGCCAUCUACCAUACUUUGAACUUGUUCAACUUGGACGUUACUCAGAAGUGUUUGAUUGCGGAAUGCUGGGUACCGUUGUUGGACAUCGAAACGAUCCAAAUUGCGUUGCGCAGAGGUACGGAGCGUUCGGGUUCUUCGGUGCCUCCCAUUCUGAACCGUAUGGAAACGUUUGAGGAUCCGCCGACCUACAACCGGACGAACAAGUUCACUAAUGCUUUCCAGGCGUUGAUCAAUGCCUAUGGUGUCGCCAGCUAUCGGGAAAUGAAUCCAGCUCCCUAUACGAUUAUUACUUUCCCGUUCCUGUUCGCGGUGAUGUUCGGCGAUUUGGGACACGGCGCCAUCAUGGCUUUGUUUGGCUUGUGGAUGGUGCUGAAGGAAAAGCCGCUGGCUGCUAAGAAAUCUGACAAUGAAAUUUGGAAAAUCUUUUUUGGCGGACGAUACAUUAUUUUGCUGAUGGGCGUUUUCUCGAUGUACACCGGUUUCGUGUAUAACGACAUAUUCUCCAAGUCACUGAACGUUUUCGGAUCUGCUUGGAGCAUCAAUUACAAUACUUCGACUGUUAUGGAGAACAAAGCUCUGCAGUUGGAUCCAGGUUCCAAGGAUUAUUCACAGACCCCGUAUCCAAUUGGAUUGGAUCCAGUUUGGCAGGUCGCGUCCAACAAGAUCAUCUUUUUGAAUGCCUACAAGAUGAAGAUUUCGAUCAUUUUGGGUGUCCUGCAUAUGUUGUUUGGUGUUUUUGUUGGACUGUUCAAUCAUCGCUACUUCAAAAAUAAAAUGGCCGUUUACUGCGAGUUUAUUCCUCAAGUCAUCUUUUUGGUGUUCUUGUUCUUCUACAUGACUCUGCUGAUGUUCAUGAAGUGGACUAAGUAUUCCGCCAUGGACGAAGAGCUUCGCUUUAGACCCGGAUGUGCCCCUUCAAUUUUGAUCACCUUCAUCAACAUGGUCUUGUUCAAACCACCUCCAGAAGGCGAUGUUUGCAGUCCCUGGAUGUACGCCGGACAGGCAGGCCUCCAAAAAUUCUUGGUUGUAAUCGCUCUUCUUUGCGUACCUUGGAUGCUUCUUGCCAAACCAAUCAUGAUUAUGAGAAGCCGUAAAGAAGCUGCUCAUCAACCGAUGGCUCCGUACAGUAACGAGAAUGGCGAUGCCGAUGGAAGCUUGACUCAAAAUAAUGUCGCACAAUCUGGAGGAGCCCCUCAACAAGGCGGUGGCGGCGGUCAUGGACACGACAAUGAAGAAAUGUCCGAAAUUUUUAUUCAUCAGGGCAUCCACACCAUUGAGUAUGUGCUGGGAUCGGUUUCCCAUACCGCUUCUUAUCUGCGUUUGUGGGCCCUGUCUUUGGCUCAUGCUCAAUUGGCUGAAGUACUCUGGGGCAUGGUGCUCAAAAACGGCUUGUCACAAGGCGGUUGGAUCGGUGGAAUCGCUCUCUGGGCCAUCUUCGGCUUCUGGGCCGUUUUGACCGUUGGCAUCCUGGUCAUGAUGGAAGGGCUGUCAGCUUUCCUUCAUACUCUCCGUUUGCAUUGGGUUGAAUUCCAGAGCAAGUUCUAUGCCGGUCUCGGUUACGCCUUCCAGCCGUUCUCGUUUGAAAUGAUUCUGGAAAGCAGUGGUGCUUCGGAAGAGUAAACGAGGGGCACUGAGAAAUGCAAAAUCCAGCAUCAAUGAUUCUGUAAAACCUGUCAAACGGACACGUCAUUGCGAAUAACAAAUUCUACUCGAAAUAUCUUUGUAGCAUGUGUUUAUUGAAAUAUUAGAAACGCCAAAACCGUUUCGACCAGUUUAGAAAACAUAAUGUGUAUUAAUGUAUAACUAAAGCAUACGCAUGUUGCUGAACAAAUGAUAAUUAUUCCGCCUCUCUUAAAAAUGUUUCGAAAUACCUACAUAGUGUAAAACGUGUAUGUUCAAAUGCUUCAUUGUUCUAAAGUAACUAUCUAAAUUGAAAAUAAUAAAAAACAACCAUUUUGACUAAAGAAUUCCAAAUCCAUUCAAGUGGCAUUAGAAUUGAAAUAAGUACCCGUCAAAUAUCAGCUAAAAUAAUCAAGUUAAUCACCUUUUGCACCUAUAAUAAACGUAGAUUAGCAGCAGCACAAA